CAGGGUGCCAUGAAUAAUCAGGCUACCACAAUACAUGUCGCUUGAGCUGCACAGUGAUAUGACCGUGGCAACAUUAUGUUCACGGUGACGACAACGCUACCCUCUACCAAGUCGCAAUGUCGUCCCCAGCGUCUCAAAAGUUGGCGCAUCCCCCGAACACGAAGUCCAACGCGACCUCUCCCCAGGUGACCUUGGAGGAUGUUGAGCUUGCGCCCAUGCAAAAUGGCCAGGCAGAGCCGAGUCUCCCUCUCGAAGAGGACAUUAUGCAGUGUGCGCGCAUCGGCGCCCUGGAACACAUUCAGAAGAUGAUACAGUCCGGGAAAUACGAUGCGAACUACAAGGAUGAAGAGGGAAUCACACCUUUGCACUGGGCUGCUAUCAAUAACCAAUUUGCGGUCUGCAAAUACCUGCUAGAACAAGGAGCAGACGUCAACGCAAAAGGAGGAGAAUCGAACGCGACUGCGGUUAUGUGGGCGUCGCAAAGAUGCCACUUUUAUAUCGUCAACCUUCUCCUACAGAAUGGAGCCGAUCCUCUGUUGACCGAUGGCCAAGGAUACAAUAUCCUCCACCUUGCUACCAUCGAUGGAAAUGCGCUACUUCUGAUCCUCUUGUUACAUCAAAAUAUCCCAGUUGACAUCCCAGAUCCUCAAGGUCACACAAGUCUGAUGUGGGCGGGCUACAAAGGAUGGCCUGCUUGCGUCGACCUCCUGUUGCGUUGGGGAGCUAACGUAAAAGCGACAGACGACAACGGGUACACACCUCUGCAUUGGGCUUUGGUCAAGGGUUCUAAACCCUGUCUGGACAAAUUGCUCGAGUAUGGCGCCGACAGAUUCGCAAAGACGAAUGAGGGCAAGACGCCAAAUGUCUGCGCCGACGAAAUGAACACGAAACGUGUGUACCUACGGUCACUCGCUGAUCACGGCUACGAUGCCUCUGGGAACGUCAAAACCCUUCCUCUCAACCUACACAACCUGAUCCGAGAUCGCUCGAAAAUGUCCAAAUUCUUCUUCUCCUACCCCUUCGUGAUCAUGGUGAUCGGCCUGUACAUUAUAAGUCAUCUCAACAUAUUCAUUGGUUUGCCAAUCUUCCUGGUAACAUGCCUAGGCAUGCAAUACGGGGCUCAACGAAUUGCUCUACAUGGGCCGCUGGAAUAUCAUACAAUCCAUAAGACGCCGUAUCUGGCAGGCAUCUUUGCGGGCACACUAUUCUGGGUGGGAUUUAGUUAUUUGACCACCGUCCUACCCGCUACACUUUACAGAAACUUCUUCUCAAACAUCUUCUUCGCCGUCUCAUAUGCCAGCACGGCCUACUUUUACUUCCAGGCCAUGGUCGAAGAUCCAGGCUGGGUCCCCAAAUUGGCGUCCAGAAACCAACAGCGCGCCGCCAUCGAGGAACUCUUUUCUCUCUGGAAGUUCGAUGAAGAGAGUUUCUGCGUACAAUGCAUGGUACGGAAGCCUUUACGAUCCAAACACUGCCGGCGCUGCCAUCGCUGUGUGGCCAAGCAGGACCAUCAUUGCCCAUGGAUCCACAACUGUGUUGGCAACAACAAUAUUCGGCAUUUCUACAUCUAUAUUUUGAGUCUGGAAGUCGGCAUCAUCUUCUACGUUCAACUUGUUCUUUCAUACCUCGCUCUAUUACCUGCUCCAUCCGACGACGCCAUUUCCCAAUGUCACAUUCUUGGGCCAAUGCUUUGCAACUUCGUGCUCCGCGAUCCAUGGACUGUCGCCCUAACAUUCUGGGCCGUCCUCCAGCUCGUCUGGGUCACGAUGUUGAUCGUCGUGCAGACUGUACAAAUAUCCAAAAACCAAACGACCUAUGAAAACAUGAAACGACAUGAACAUUCUCACGACCACAACCCUUUGCUGCCACAACACGCUCGACCUGUCACCCAAGGUGCUUCUGCGGCCACUACAUCGCUGAACGAUACUGCCGCAGCUUCAACUCGCAUCAACCCGGUCCCUCGCCGGCCUGACGGCUGUUUUACACGGUGGAAGAAGCUUCUUGGCCUGGACGCAUUCCUGGCCACCGCGUCCGAUGCCUCGCAUGGGAAACUCCAGUCUCGCAAUGCGAAUCCUUUCACCCGCGGCGUCAUUGGAAAUUGCAAAGACUUCUGGUGUGAUCCUGCACCCAUCUUUGGCAAACGAGAAAACGGCAAGGGAUAUCUCGGUGGGGAAGUCGUAGACUAUGCACAUCUCUAUGAGGUGCCCCUGAGACUAAGAAGAGGAGCCGGUGGUAUGGCUUAUAGCAGCGUAGCUACGGAUGAGGAGGAGGUGUGAAAUCUAUAUCGCGCCGCGCUCAUCCUCAUCCAGGCAAUUCUUUUACGUGCAUAUUUUCAGCCAGGAGUCGGUCGUCCACUUUCAUAAUGUACU